CUGUUCUAAAAUUAAUCACUAAAUUGUGACCACGAUUUAAAAAAAUGUUGGCGAUAACAUCGUUAACUGUUUCAACACAUUAUUAUUGAAUUCCGACGAGUCUAUAAACUGUUAAGUGGAGAUAAUGUUUUAAAACGUCCUAAAUUGCUUUUGCUCCCGAGUAAAUAACCACCAAUCGUGUGCCACGCUCAUGCGUGUUGCUAGGCAGAUUAUGUUAAUAUAUGCAAUGCAGCCAUCUCUGCAGCUACCAUUCUGAGGCGUCCCUGGCUGUCUCCAGAGUGAAGUGAUAGGUGACUGGUUGGCGACGGGCCUGGCACUGUGCUGCCAUGGAGACCAAGCAGGAGCCCUCCGCUGUGUGGAGUCAGACUGCAAACAACGAUUCAGGCAACAGCACACAGGUGCAUUUUGAAGGCGGCACAGUGGCCCAGAUCGUGUACAGUGGAGAUCAGGCAGACCGGGGCCAGCAGCAGGUGGUUUACACGGCAGACGGGAACUCCUAUACCUCUGUAGAGUCUGCUGAGCAUACACUGGUCUACAUACACCCUGCAGAUGGCACUCAGACUGUAUUUGCUGAUCAGCCGCAAGUGGCUUACAUUCAGCAGGAUGGUACAACUCAACAGGUCACAGUUUUGCUGCCCAGUGGACAGAACAUGAAUGCUGCCAAUCUGCAUGUUCUCAGUAAUGUAGCAGAGGCUCCCCAAGCUAUCCUGGAGCCAGUUUCCCAGGAGCAGCUGUCUGUGUCCAAUUCGCUCCCCUCCAUGGCUGACAUGGCAGACCCCCCCACCAGUCCCCUCGGGGCCACAGACUCCACAGACGAUUCUGACGAAGAUGAGGAUGAAGACUCUGAGAUGGACGACUGGGAACCUCGUGAGCCUCAAUCAUUCAACCCUCACAGCCUCUGGUGUGAGGAGUGUAAUAAUGCCAACCCCUCUGUGUGUCUGAAGCACGGCCCUCUGCACCCCAUCCCUAACCGGCCGGUGAUGUCCAAGGCCCGAGCUAGUCUGCCUCUGGUCCUCUACAUCGAUCGCUUCCUGGGCGGGGUGUUCUCCAAGAGACGCAUCCCAAAGCGCACACAGUUUGGUCCGGUGGAGGGACCCCUGGUUCCUCAGAGCGAACUGCAGGAACACUACAUUCAUCUGAAACUGUGCAUGCUGGAUGCAGAGAAAGAUGGAGAGAAGUCUGACGACAUGUGGUUAGACCUUUCUGAUGAGGACAGCUGUAACUGGAUGAUGUUUGUGAGACCUGCUCAGAACCACCUGGAGCAGAACCUGGUGGCCUAUCAGUACGGCUCAGAGAUAUUUUACACAACUAUCAAGAACAUCCAACCCAAACAAGAGCUCAAGGUGUGGUAUGCAGCAUCAUAUGCAGAGUUUGUCAAUCAUAAGAUCCACGAUGUUACAGAAGAAGAGAGAAAAGUGCUUCGGGAGCAAGAGAAGAACUGGCCUUGUUAUGAGUGUAACCGCCGCUUUGUGAGCUCCGAACAACUGCAGCAACAUCUCAACAUGCAUGACGACAAGUUAAACUCUGUUACCAGAUCCAGAGGCCGGGGUCGAGGAAGAGGCAGGAGGAGAUUUGGGACAGGAAGGAGACCGGGACGCCCACCUAAAUUUAUACGUUUGGAUCCACCAGUAGACGCUGGUGGCGACAAGACAACAGAGAUGCUGGAGUUGACAGAGAAGCCGCUGGAGGAGCGAGCGGAGGGAGCUCAGAACGGGCUGAAGGUGGUGGAGAUGGAGCCCGAGGUGGAGGCUGGGACUGAGGCAGAGGGCCAUCUUAUACCUCCUGCAGGGGAACCGGUCCCAGAGUCCGUCAGCCCGCCCUCCAACACGGACCUGCCAGUUCCACUAAAGGAGGACCCGGUACAGAGCAGCCAAUCAGAUGCUCACCUCACAUCUCAGGACAUGCGCCGUGCCAAGAGGAUACGAAUGGAUGUGCAGAAUGCAGCGCUGCAGCACCUUUUCAUCAGGAAGAGUUUCCGUCCUUUUAAAUGCACCCACUGUGGCAAGGCCUUCCGGGACAAAGACAAGCUGGAUCAGCACCUGCGGGUCCAUGGCCGGGAUGCCUACGCCUUUUCCUGCCACAUUUGCAGCAAGAGCUUUAUGAGUGACUCAGCCCUGGAGGACCAUCUGCUGGUGCACACGGAGAACCGCUCCUACUCUUGUCUCUUAUGCCCAGAAACGUUUGAAAGGUUGGACCUGCUCAAAGACCACGUAGGGGUGCAUGCUGUGGACGGCUGCUUCACCUGUCCUUCCUGCAAGAAGACAUUUACUGACUUCAUCCAGGUGAAGAAGCAUAUCCGCUGCUUCCAUUCAGAGAAGAUCUUCCAGUGCCCAGACUGUGAAAAGGCCUUCUGCCGGCCGGACAAGCUGCGUUUGCACAUGUUACGCCACUCUGACCGCAAGGACUUCCUGUGCUCAACAUGUGGCAAACAAUUCAAGAGGAAAGAUAAGCUGCGGGAGCACAUGCAGCGCAUGCACAAUCCCGACAGAGAGGCUAAGAAGGCUGACCGAAUCCACCGCUCCAAAACCCUCAAACUGAAGAUGCCCACCACCGACUUCGAGAGCUUCAUGUUCAAAUGCAGAGUAUGCAUGAUGGGGUUCAGACGCAGAGGAAUGCUGGUCAAUCAUUUGUCCAAGCGUCAUCCAGAGAUGCGUAUUGAUGAUGUGCCUGAGCUAACGCUGCCAAUUAUCAAACCCAACAGGGACUACUUCUGCCAGUAUUGUGACAAGGUGUAUAAGAGUGCCAGUAAGAGGAAAGCCCACAUACUGAAGAACCACCCAGGGGCAGAAUUGCCUCCCAGCAUCCGUAAGUUGCGUCCGGCUGCUCCCGGUGAGCCAGACCCCAUGUUGAGCACACACACCCAGCUGACUGGCACCAUCGCCACUGCACCGGUCUGUUGCCCACACUGUGCCAAACAGUACAGCAGCAAGACUAAGAUGGUUCAGCACAUCAGGAAGAAGCAUCCAGAGUUUGCCCAACAACUCGCCAACACCAUCCAGGCUCCUCUGACUACAGCUGUAAUCAGUAGUGCUCCUGCAGUCAUCAGUGCAGACGGUACCACAGCUGAGGCUGUAGUGACCACAGAUUUGCUGACCCAGGCCAUGACGGAGCUUUCUCAAACACUGACCACAGACUAUCGCACAGCACAGGGAGACUACCAGAGGAUCCAGUACAUCCCCGUGUCUCAGGCAGGAGGCAGCCUGUCCCAGCCGCAACACAUUCAGCUGCAGGUGGUGCAGGUGGCUCCGGCUUCCUCCCCACAUUCCCAGCACCCGACAGUAGAUGUGAGCCAGCUGCAUGACCCUCAUGGCUACAGCCAGCACUCCAUCCAGGUACAACACAUCCAGGUCACUGAGCCCUCAGGCACUGGACAAGGUGCCACCCAGGUUACAGGUCAGCCUCUAAGCCCCACCUCCCAGCAGUCUAGUCAGGAGCUGAGCCCCACCCAGCUGACCCCUGUGACCUUAGCUCAGAGCCACACCUUGCAGACCACCAGCACCCAGCAGCAGCAGCAGCAGGGGACUGUGCAGCACGCUUACAUACCCGGGAACUGGAACUACCGAGGCUACUCAUCUGAGAUCCAGAUGAUGGCACUACCUCACACGCAGUAUGUGAUUGCUGAGGCCAGCACACCUGUAUCUGGAGUCAACAGCAACCAGGUGAAAACGACACACUACGUUAUCUCCGAGGGUCAGACUGAACUGGAAACCAAACAGACUGUUCCUCAGAACACAACCCAGACCCACUCUGAACAUCUGGAGCAGCAGCCAACCAAUCAGCAGCCCACCACACAGUACAUCAUCACUACAACCACCAAUGGCAGCGGCGCUAGUGAAGUUCACAUCACAAAACCCUGAAUUGUACAGUGAUGAACUCCGCAAACCCAGCACAGACCCACAGACUGAUCCUGCAUGUAGACCUCAGCAGCUUGUUCGCACAUGAAUGAACAAACACAGUCAAAUGCACAUGGAUACAUGACUUAAGUACAUAUAGAGCUAAAUGGGGAUGAAAUGAUGGCCAGCACAGUUUUAUGUGUCUGUAAAGUGUUAAGAUGUUGAAUGAGCUGAGAAAAUAAAGUUAGUAGAGAGAAGAGAAGUUUUGAUUUAGAACAGAAUAUAUAAACAACAAAAACUAAACUGAGCACUUGUUUUGAAUACACAUGACUGGAAAGUGAAAGUGUAGAUUUUUUUUCAGAAACAUUUUCAUUGAAACUGCUUAAAACAGGGACAUGACAUUAUUAUACCAAAUAUCAUGUUUAGAAAGUAUGGAAAAUGAAAGCAACCAUUUUAAGGUCUUACUGUGUGAGUUACAAGAGUCUGAAGUGGUGGAAAAGUUUUGUUGCUCAGCCCAUUUUACAUAUUUGUAAAGUUACAGACAUUUCUUAAAGUAUAGUAUUUGUAAAUGAAAGUCUGGAAAGAAAUACAGAACUGAAAAAUAUAUACUAUAGUUGGCCUUCCAAAACAGGUCAUGUUUUUGCCCAAUGUGAGUACCCAAAAACACAUCUGUUGUAUUGUAUAGUACCAUAUUAUUGCUGAUAUCUGAUGUGAUUUUUCCCCAUUAACUUCCUUUUUGGGAUGUCUCAGACAUCUGUUUUUAUGUACAUGCUAGAUUGUCGUGAUUUCCCAAAAAUCUUUUUGUUUGUCAUUGUCAUAACAACACCUGUGUUUUUAUAGUAAAAUUCAGAAAAGCAGACUUAAUCAGUUCCACUCUUCCAAGACUCGCUGAAUGCUACCAAGGGCUUUGGGUGUCAGUUAUGAAUGUUUUGCUUUUCAUUUGGUUUUACAGGGAUAACAAAGAGGUCUCCUGGAAACAAUUUACCUAAAACCUAGUGAUAAUUUUGUUUUUGACAUAUCUAAAAGGUAAUCAUCACAGAUUGAAUGGCACCAGAUAACUUAGCACCAGGCUGAAAAGCAGUGUUUCACUGCCGUCUGUUUGAAAGUUUCAAGUCUGUUUCACCUCUGAUGCUAGGUAUGAUUGGAUGUGGUUAGAAAUGCUUUGUUACACAUGUAACCACACCCAACAAUGAUGUUACGGGGUCCUGGAGUACACCUGUACAUCACUGCAGCAAGACGAGAAGUUAAACCACUGGAGGUCAGGAAAAACAAGAUUUUCUGGGGGUGUUAUGUUACUCUUUAAAAAGGAAAGCGUGCAUUUUCAGUUUGAGUUUUUUUCUCUUUCUUUCCUGAAAAGUUUUAGUUUUUUUUUAUAUUGAGGAUACUUUUGUAACCAGAGCAAAACAGCAACCAGCAAACUCUUGGUUAGCUCUGUCCUAACAGGUGUAGAAACCGUACAGGUCGUUUUAUAGAAGCUUGAAGCCAAAUGCAAAAUGUGUUUUCCUCAAUUACACACUUCUGUUGAUAAAUGAAUAAAGUUCAAAAUAUUUAGUCAUAACAUCAAGUGUUACAAAUAUUUAGGGCCAACAUCACAGGGUUGCACCUGAACAACAUAGGAGCUCAACAUGAUACAGUGUUUAUGGGUGAUAUGGGAUUAUUUCACUGUAUUAGUCUGUUUAUUAACCUACAAAUAAUAUUGCAAGAACUUAAUUUUGGGUUGGUACUUAAAGGGCAGCAAAGUAUUUUAAGGUAAAAAAACAGUAAGGGAUAUCAUCACUCAACAUGUCUCAUAUUUCCUUCGCAGUAAAGCGAGAAAGGAGAACGUAACUCUGUAGGAAGAGUUCAAACCUUGUAAUAGCAAUCACCCGUCCUACUGAAGUGUUCACGAGCAAGGCAUGUCUGGUGCUGGAACUUAUCUUCUAAGUGUUAAACUACUUUUGGUACUUAUUCAAAGUACAUAAUGCCUUAGAUUUUCAUUGAGUACUUGUACAAUAAGUUCCCCAUAAUGACAACACAGGUUAAUGCACUGAAUUAAGGCCAUUGUAAAAUGUUGUUAAUGUGCCCAUUAUUUAUAUUGGUCUAUGACAAAAGACUUAUACAAUGUAAAAUAUAGCAGGAAUAUUAUUAAGGUUCAUGUACAGCGAUUUCUAUUGUUGCAGGUGAUUUUGUCCCUUUGUCCAUGUGUUGAGAAAUUAAAUUAUUUUAUAUCUGUA